AAAGUGACUGUAUUUAUUUUCUUUUCUUUUUGUUUCUUUUUUUGGGUCAUGUAUAGUAAACUUGUAGAAGACACAAAGAAGCGCAACAUUAUAGAAGAGGUACAAGUAUUUCGUCCUCCACUCGAUGGAGGUUUAUGGGAGUGUCCAUUUUGUCAUCCUGACACUGUGUAUCGAAUGACAAUUGCACCUGCUAAACAAACACUAGAAUUAAAACAGACAAGAGAACUCAUCAAACAACACAUUGAACUUCAUCAAAAAGAUCUAUUAGCUCAAAUGAAUGAAGAGGCAGAAAGCAACUAUGAAAAGAUAGUUUAAAGCGUGUUCGACUAUGGAUCACAGGUACAGUCAAAGAUAGAAGACUGUAUGAACAAGAUCCGCUUCAGUAAUCAACAGGUACAAAGCUGUUUUUUAAAAGUUCUACUUCUGGCCAAACCUAUU